AUGAGUCCACAACAUCUAUCUAUCUAUCUAUCUAUCUAUCUAUCUAUCUAUCUAUCUAUCUAUCUAUCUAUCUAUCUAUCUAUCUAUGAGUUGCGUAAUUUUUUACGCCUCUACAAUCAACACGUUCGAGAAUACAAUUACCUGCCCUGUACAGGCAUUCUCUUUAACCUAAUGAAAAUUGCUACUUCUCUUACUAUGUAUGUUUUAAAUCUAUCUAUCUAUCUAUCUAUCUAUCUAUCUAUCUAUCUAUCUAUCUGUAAAAGGCGAAGGCAGUCAAAGGAGUCACGCUCAUCUAUCCACCCCAGUCUGUUAAUAUCUAUCUAUCUAUCUAUCUAUCUAUCUAUCUAUCUAUCUAUCUAUCUAUCUAUCUAUCUAUCUCAGCCCGUUCAUAUCUAUCUAUCUAUCUAUCUAUCUAUCUAUCUAUCUAUCUAUCUAUCUAUAUCUAUCUAUCUUAAUCUGUUCAUAUCUAUCUAA